UUUCCGAAUUCUACAAUUUAACGUACUUUUUAAAAUGUUUAUUAUCAGCUGCAACUAAAAUUUUACUACAAUCGGCAACGCCAGACAAACUUUAUUAUUUCCAAACAAGGUAAUCUUGAUCAUCUGGAAGCUUCUACGCAGUUGCCAGUUACGCGUCAUUUUUUUUGUCUCAAACUUCGAUCGAUACUUGAAUUUCGAGUUUUCUCGAUUCCAUCCAUCGAGGUUAUGCGCAUGUGUGUGUGUAUGUAGGUGUGUAUCGGUUUUCAUCUGCUGCUCUGCACAGUAGAUUUUUCCACAACCGAGUAUUUCCUGGGAACAAGUACUUUCCUGAGCAAAAGAUGGCUGCUGGUACGAUUGCAAAGCCCCAGUUAAGGCGUCUCCUUGAGUCCAAGAUCAAGACAGCCAUCACAGGAGCUUGCAUUGUCUCCAUAGUAACUGGAGUUGCCUGGAAAUUUGGUGUAUCGGACCCAAGGAAACGACAAUACGCAGAAUUCUACAAAACUUAUGAUCCUGAAGCAAAACUAAAGAUCAUGUGUGAAGCUGGUCUCAUGGAAUCUUGUGGUCCAAAAGAUUUCUAAAUUGUGUCAGCUAUAAUGUAAAUAGUGAUCAUUGUAUAGUUAAUCGAAAAUCAAAGAUUUAAUGUUUCCGUUACAUGAUAACAGAAGCUUUUGAUCAUGAUUCUUGAUUAAUAUUAAAAAGUCAAGUCUCAUAAGUUAAUUAAUAUUUAAUAAACAAGUAUGAGGAAUAUUGGUCUUAUGAUUAAUUAUUUCUUGAUUAAUGUUUCAAAUAAAAGAUUCGUUUAAAGAA